CUGAGGUCUCUGAAGGGGGCAGUCUUAGCUCGGCCCUUUCUUUCUCGCGGGAACCCACUUUCCAAACCACUUUGCGUUCUCUUUUACGAAUUUGAGCGCACUCCAUCCCUUUCAGUCAUGGCUUUGCUUCAAUACCAAGCGCCGGUUGACUAUGCCGCGCAAUUGGAUGGCUUCAAGGAUUUCCUUCAGCAUUUCAAGACCCUUCAGUCGUCCUCGGAAGCUGCUGCGACUGAGGCGUUGGAGGAUUUGAACAUCGACGGAAACCGCACCAGCGAUGAAUACGACUUCAUGGACGACGUUGAUGACGAGGGUGCUGGGACUCAUGGUGCAAGGAGGCGCAAGGAGCCUAAGCUCAAGUAUAUGCAAAUUCUGCAGGAUAUCGCCAAUCGCGAUGCCUCGAAUGUUGUCAUUGAGCUAGACGACUUGGACAUUUUCGAAAAAGCUCUUCCCGAUGAACAGCAGAAUCUGAAGCUGGUCGAAUCUAUCCAGAAGAAUACUAAGCGCUACAUCGAUGUCUUUUCGCAAGCUGUGGAUGCGGUCAUGCCUAAGGAGACCAAAGAGAUCACAUUCAAGGACGACGUGCUAGACGUGAUCAUGUCCCAGCGUGAGAAGCGCAAUGAGACCCAAGAAAUGCAGGCGGAGGCCGAUAUGGAUGCCGCCCCCGCUGCGUCCCUCUUCCCGCCAGAGCUAACUCGACGAUACACUCUCAACUUCAAGCCUCUCACACCCUCCAGUUCCAGUAGCGACCGUGCCGGCAAGGCGCUUGCUGUCCGAAAUGUGCGCGGAGAGCAUCUUGGUAGCCUGAUCACUGUCCGUGGUAUCACAACUCGUGUCUCGGACGUCAAGCCCGCUGUUCAGAUCAACGCCUACACUUGCGACGUCUGCGGCUGUGAAGUUUUCCAGCCCAUCACUACGAAGCAGUUCAUGCCCCUGUCCGAGUGUCUGUCGGAGGACUGCAAGAAGAAUAACACCAAGGGCCAGCUGUUCCUGUCGACUCGUGCUUCCAAAUUUGUUCCAUUCCAGGAGGUCAAGAUCCAGGAGAUGGCCGAACAGGUGCCUGUGGGCCACAUUCCCCGCACCCUGACUGUGCAUUGCCAUGGAGCUCAGACUCGGCAAUUGAACCCCGGCGAUGUCGUUGACAUUGCUGGUAUCUUCCUCCCUACUCCCUACACUGGCUUCCGCGCUAUCCGUGCCGGUCUCUUGACCGACACCUACCUGGAGGCUCAGCACAUCACCCAACACAAGAAGUCCUACAGUGACAUCGGUAUGGACAGCCGCACCAUGAAGAAGAUCGAGCAGCACAUGAACUCUGGCAACAUGUACGAGUACCUCUCUCGCUCUAUCGCCCCUGAGAUUUUCGGUCACCUUGAUGUAAAGAAAGCGCUACUUCUUCUGCUGAUUGGUGGUGUCACCAAGGAGAUGGGUGACGGUAUGCACAUUCGUGGCGACAUCAACAUCUGCUUGAUGGGUGACCCUGGUGUUGCCAAAUCGCAACUGCUUCGAUACAUUACGAAGGUUGCGCCUCGUGGCGUAUACACUACCGGUCGUGGUAGCAGUGGUGUUGGUUUGACUGCUGCAGUGAUGAGAGACCCCGUGACUGAUGAGAUGAUGCUGGAGGGUGGUGCCCUGGUUCUUGCGGACAACGGUAUCUGCUGUAUUGAUGAGUUUGACAAGAUGGACGACUCGGACCGAACUGCCAUUCACGAAGUUAUGGAACAACAGACCAUCUCCAUUUCCAAGGCAGGCAUCAACACAACUCUGAAUGCCCGCACCUCGAUCCUGGCCGCUGCCAACCCGCUGUAUGGCCGCUACAAUCCUCGCAUCUCGCCUGUCGAGAACAUCAACCUCCCCGCCGCUCUGCUCUCUCGUUUCGAUGUCAUGUUCCUGCUCCUGGACUCCCCGUCUCGGGAAACGGACGAGGAGCUAGCCAGCCACGUCACUUACGUCCACAUGCACAACAAGCACCCCGAGACCGAUGACACCGGCGUCAUGUUUACUCCCCACGAAGUCCGUCAGUAUAUCGCCAAGGCCCGUAGCUACCGGCCCGUCGUCCCCACAAAUGUCUCCGACUACAUGGUCGGUGCGUACGUUGCCAUGCGCAAGCGUCAAAAGAAGGACGAGGCCCGCAAGCAGCAAUUCUCCCACGUCACGCCCCGUACUCUGCUGGGUAUCGUCCGUCUCUCACAGGCUCUUGCCCGUCUUCGCUUCAGCGAAGAGGUUGUUCGUGAGGAUGUUGACGAGGCACUGCGCCUCAUCGAGGUCAGCAAGGCCUCUCUCUACAACGACGGCGAGUCCGGUGCCGAUCACACCCCCAGCAGCAAGAUCUACACUUUGAUCCGUACUCUACGGGAGAGCGGUGCUGCCGCUAUCGGUGAUGAUGAGGACAACGCCCUCAGUGUGAGACGUAUUCGUGAGCGCGUGCUGGCCAAGGGCUUCACCGAAGACCAACUCACUACCACCCUCCACGAGUAUGCCGAAUUGAACGUCUGGCAAAUUGCCGGAAAUGGUUCACGCCUGGUAUUCUUCGACGGCGACGAUGAGAUGCACGGUUAAUGCGAUCAUUUGGUUCUUUUUAUUCCGUUCUUCAAGGUCGACUGGGCUUGUUUACGUAUCUCAAGAUGCAUUCGGUGAACCCGAGUCUGGGGCCAUGGGUGUUUAGGUGUCUUUUGAGGAUUCUUUGUGGGGCAAUAGAAGCCGGUACUGAUGAUAUGUUGGGGCAAUCAAAAGAUCUUUAAUCCCAAAUCUGCUUUACUUUAUUCUCAUAGUGUUUCAGCCAGGUCCGUUUAAGCAAAGUAGUGGUAGAGGGUAUGGCAUUGAUUAUUCUAAAGGAGUGUCAUGCCGCGUUAAAUAGCCCCGAGCUACUAUCAUUCUUUGCGGGCUGCAUAUUAAGAAUCUGCGAAGCGUCGCCCAGUUUCACUUAACCCGCAACCACAAAUUGUACCAGGUGUUCUUCCAUCAAAUCGAUGAUCCACCAAGGCAAGUAUCCUAGACAGCACAAGAGUUCCACUUCUUCACCUCAUUGCACAAGUUCGAAGGUGCCGCGUAUGGGUUAUCGCACAAAGUAUUGCAAACGGUGUUCUGAGGAACGAAGACUAGGAACUCGUAGUUGGGCAUGUUGAGACGGAACUGAGAAUGAAUAUUGUUGUUAUCCUUGGAGGCCUUGUAACCGGCACGGCAGGCACAGUGGAAGGUCGAGCCCGUGUUAAUACACGAAGUAGUAAUGUCACAGCUGUUCUGGCCAGAGAGGGGAUUGCAAGUGCCGCAAGUGGGCGCCGGGUUGGCCAGGGCAAUAGUGGCCGCAGCGAGGAAGGCAGUGAUAGUAGUGAGUUGCAUGGUGAAUGUUUAUUUUAAGUCUCGAUAAACGAUUGGAUGACGGUCAGAGUUGAUCAGAUAGUGUUUGGCUUGGGUAUUGCUCAAUUUCAUGCGGGGAUGGCACCAUAUCUGGGGUAGAUCAC